UGUGUGACUGUGGGGGAGCAGCAGGAUAAUUUAGGCCACUUUUCCACAUGUUGCAUCUGUCUGUGUAUUAAAGAAAUGAAGCGAGAAAGAGAGGAUACAGAGGGAGGGAAGGCUCAUAAUUUAACGACUUCAACCGAACAACCAAUUAAUGAAACUAAUGGCCAGAUCCAGAAGAAUAAAAUACUUCCGAGAAAAACAGCAGCAAAACCUGGGUUUGACGCACGAAUGUUCGAGGAGACAAGUUUCUACUCAAAUGAAGGGCUACGUUAUGUAAAACCUUAUCACUUCACAUUUACGACUCAUUGCAAAGGGAGAUGGACUGGAAGGACAUUGAUAGAUGUAUUUAGUAGCGAGUUCAGAAUGGAGUCAAUAGAUUAUUAUAAGGCGGCUGUUCAGAAAGGAAAGAUAACAGUUAAUGGUGACAUAGUUGAACCAAGCAGAAUAUUGAAACAGAAUGAUCUGAUAAAGACCUGUAUUCAUAGACAUGAACCGCCUGUCAUUGACAAUCCUAUUGAGUUUGUGAAAAAUGAUGAUGAAAUGGUAGUGAUAAAUAAACCUUCUUCAAUCCCUGUGCAUCCCUGUGGGAGGUAUCGCCACAAUACUAUUGUCUUCAUACUAGGAGAAGAUUAUGGUCUCACAAAUUUGCACACUAUCCACAGAAUUGACAGGCUAACAUCUGGAAUUCUUAUGUUUGCAAAAACUGUUUCUAAAGCUCAAGAAAUGGAAAAAUAUGUAAAGGGAAGGCUUGUUAAGAAAGACUACCUUUGUAGGGUUGCUGGGAGAUUUCCUCCUGAAACACUGACAUGCUCUGAGCCAAUAAUGGUUGUUUCACACAAAGUAGGGGUAUGUCAAGUGAAGCCUGAAGGAAAAGAAGCAAAAACUGAAUUCAACUUUGUGAGUUACAAUGGGAAAUCAAGUGUUGUUAGAUGUGUACCACAUACUGGUAGAAUGCACCAGAUAAGAGUUCAUUUGCAGUUUCUUGGCUACCCAAUACUUAAUGAUCCAAUUUAUAAUAAACCAGAUGUCUGGGGUGAAAGUAAUGGUAAAGGUGGUACAACUAAACCUGUGGCUGAAAUCCUUGCUGCAUUAGAAAGAGGAAGGAAAGAUUCAAUACUGAAAUCAAGACAACAAGAAAGUUCAAACACUGUUUCUUCUGUAAGCGGUGACAGUAUAGGCUCUAAUCAACACAAUAAUGAAAAUCAAUCAGAUAAAAUAAGUAACAAGGUUCCACCAAAAAAACAGAAACUUUGUUUUGGUGAAGGCAACCCAAGUUUUGACUCUGAAUGUACAGAGUGUCAAAAUCCCAUACCAGAUCCUAAACCUAAUGAGCUCUGUAUUUAUUUGCAUGCUGUUUCUUAUAAAGGGCCAGGAUGGGAAUACAAGACUAGCACCCCUGAAUGGGCGAAUGCUGACUGGGAUAUUGAAUAAUGAUUUUUUUUAAAUUCCAUAUUCAUGUAUAUAAAAAUAGAUGAAUUGAUGAAAAAAUUACCAUUUAAAGAAGUGGUAAAAAGAAUAUAUUUGGAAAACAGCACUCUUAAAAGACAGUUAACUUUAGAAGUAUUGGUGCUUUUAGUGAUUUGGUACAGGGCAGACAUUUGAUUUUCUUAUGAUCUCUUUUUCUGCUUCUUUGAAAAGUUCAUGCAUCCAAGAAAUAUGAUAAGUGAAGAAGAGAUAAAGAACAAGACACUGCUAUGCACUGUACCCCAAUGGUACCUUCCUAAAUCUUUCCCCCAAUGGUACCUUCUUAAAAGUGGAUACCAAUCUGGGGUUUAGGUGCAGCAUUGACCAUGCCAUUGCCACAUUUGCCAGGCUCUGCAAUCUUAUGUUGCUCCCUGCAACUAUUAGUAUAAGUAUUGGAGGGACAUCUUUAAAAAUUGACAGAUCUGUUUUGGACGGCCUAGCAAUCUUGACCAAUCAUUAAACACUAUCCUCUUCAAUUGUGCCUGAGAGAUCUGGUAAAUUUUCUGCAUCAACAUAUAAUGAUGCUAAGGUUAAGUGCAAGCUGAUCUUUGUGUAUAGAAUAGGGCAGUUCUAAGUACAAGCUAAGUAUAAAUUACACCUCAGAGUAGCAACUGCAGUAGGGUAAGCAAUAUAGUGGUAAAGUGGCAGUAUCAAAACUUCUACUCCUAAAAUUUUGGAAUUCUGACUCAGUUAAAAACACCCCAAAAUGCCUAUGAAUCUCCAAAGCAUGUUGAAUCUGUUGCAAAUUGACUGAGAUACUGCCACAUAAGCAGGGAACACAAUGAUAUUUCUGGAACACCAUGACUGAAAAAAGAUUGAGUUAUAAUUUACUUAAUGAACAAAAGGCAGAAAACAUAGAUAUAGCUGAGAAACCAAAAGAUUUGGUCUCAAGAAACGUUUGAAGAAAUAUCUUUUGCUAAAAUUUAAGAAAAGAAAAACCUUAAUAUGCUUUAUCUGUAGGAUGUUCCAUUCUCCUUUUUCAGAAAUUUUUGAAUUAUUGUGUUGCUCUUAGAAUAAAGGAUGUAGAUCGAGUGCCCUUCAACUCUGCCCCCCUCCCCCCUCCGAAACUUUCCAAGUGCUCUGCUUGGACUGUUUAUAGCAAUAAGAAUUCGAAAGAUCAAUUUAUCCGCUCACAAGAAGUUGUCAUUGCUGCUUCGAGUCUCCAUUUCGACAGAUAUUUUUUUUAAAUUUGGUGUAGCAUCCGCUCAAUUUUCAUUUGGUGACUAAAAAGCUGUAGAUAGGUGACUGCUGGUGACACCAAAUAAGGAUUGCCAGCGAUUGUUUGUUCUGGAGGGAAUAGAUUUCUAAACUGAUUCUGAUUUUCCUGUAAACAACAACAGUAUGUUUGUAUUUAUUGAUAUAGUGUGGCUGUAGAGGUAAAUACAAUUCUUCACAUAAAAUAAUACAUUUCUGCAGAUACAUCGCGUGUGGAACAGGCCUGUAGCCAAGGGGUGGCAUGGGGUGGCAAUGCAACAUAAGAAUGCCAGCUGUUUGCCACCCCGAUAAAUUUGUCUUCAAAUUUUUUCAAUGUGUUUUUUUCGUCGUUUUAUUGGAUUGCUAUGGCAAUUUGAGUCAAGCCAACACUGACAGAAGAAAUGUUUCUAUAUCGGAAACUCCUAUUUCCAAUGUAGGACUUAAGAUAGUGCUUGGUGCUUAACAAAUUGGAAUAUUUUUCCGAUGCUAAACAAAAACACUUCCCGGGAAAAAUUGAAAAUUUACUUCAAAUCAAGUUUGAGAAGCGAUGACCGUCGCUUGGCUAAAAUUUUACUGCAUCGGAGUGGGAUGUUCAUAUUUGCAAAGUGCAUGCUGAUGGCAUUCUAAAGCCAACAAACAUAAUUGUGAAGCAGCUUCAAUCGUCCAGUGCAAAUCGUGUCACAGCGCUGUCUGUAGUUACAGCAAUUUGACAAGAACUUCAGUAACGAUGUAAAACUCGACUGAGGACCAAUGUUUGAGAUGGUUGCGGAGUUUCUCGAUUAAUGUGGACAUGAAGACAGAGAGGGAAUGCAAUCCUGCAUCCCUGACAUUUGGAAGUAAGAUUUUGACGGAAGACAUAACAUUUGAAAGUUAUUUAGUUUAAUGGAAGUUAAGUUGUUUAAUUGCUGAAGAAAUGCUACAGCCUUUUUUGCUUGUUUGUUUCCACUAACAACCGCCCAGCCCGCCCCACCGUACAAAUACUUCACUUUAAACCUUGCCUGCAUUGGAAAUUGGGAGUCUGCCACCCCUACUCCACUGACCUGGCUACGGGCUUUGUGUGGGACAUUUGAAUUGAAUAUAUUGUAAUAUGUGUCGCAGGGUUUUGGCAGUGAGAUGAAUUGCAAUAAAGUUUAUGACCCAACUUUGAGUAGAAUAAACAAUCUCCAAGAUCAUUAUGCCGUUGAAAGACUAGAGUGGGGGUUUGUGACCAUUUAUUUUGUAAUUCUUGGACCUUUGCAGAGAUCUCGUUGUGUGUCUUAAGAUUAUGUGGGAUAUGCAGUGUGACCAGAUCUAGCAUAAUAUAAUGCUUUCAGCAUAAUAUUGACCAAAAAUCGUCAUUUAGCAUAAAAUCUAGCAUAAUUUGGAAUCUAGCAUAACUCUGGCAUAAUUUUGAUAGUUUUUAAAAAAUCGCUGUUUCCAUUGAUCUGUUGUCUUUCACCGUCAAAUGGAAACACUUUACGCAAGAAUGUGUGACUUUCCACUUUCAGGGUUUAGCCAGGUGUUUGGAACGGUUGGCAGCCAAAUAUUUUAUGGUUGGCAGCCGAAUUCAGCCAGCUAAAUUCAGUACACAAAAAAAGCUAAAUUUUUGACAAUUGCAGGGAGUGAUAGUGUAAUCAAAAUUUGCUUUGUAGGUUACAAAGCUUUCAUUUACUUUUAUCUUUCAUUGUCUGUUAUCUUUUACGUUGUUCCAUGUUUCUUUAUUUGCAAUUUUGAAAUCAUUCUAAAACAAAUUUGAAUAUCAUCUAUGUAAAAGAUUUAUUUUCCUUUGCAUUCUUUGUGAUUUUUUGCAACAUGCUGCCAGAAUUCUGCCAACUUUUGCUUCUUCGGCCAAAUCAAUUUAUGACGGCCAAGGGGUUAAGAAAUUUGGAUGUCAAAACCAUUGAUCUAAAUUGCCUUUUUGUGGAGAAAAGAUGGCAAUUUUGAGUACACUGUGUUUUAGUUUGGGGGUCAAAAAGGCCAAAUGGAAACUUUGGUCACUUUUGAUAUUCUGAGCAUCCUCUAGCCUCUUUUACAAGCAGGGGUCUCUUGAUUUGAAAUUUAGCAUAAUUUUUGCAAAUCUAGCAUUAUUUUAUGACCAAUUUGGCAUAAUUCCAAAAUUCUAAACUUCGAUAUCCGAAUCUUGAAGAAUGUUUGUGUGUAGUGAUUUUGCAUCUAGCUCAACCAUCCACGAGUUCAGUGGGAUGAUAGUGUGCAUAUCGAAAGCUUGUUGUAAAAAGUGAGUUUUAUCUUUUAUAUGCGAAGUACUUUUCUAUACUAUAGGCCUAUGAUAAUUAUCAAGGCAUGAUAAGAGAUUUCCUGCAGGAGAGCCACAACCUGACAGUGGUCUAAAGCAAAUUAUCAAAAAGUGGUAAAAAGCAAAAAUGUGACGUCUUAGAAUAAAAAACAACAUUGUUUAUCAUUCUUUAAUAGAAAUAUAGAUUCAAACCCUCCAUAGUUUUCAUUUUUCUUU